GGGCGGGCGGCCCCGUGACGUCAUCAGGCCGCGCGGCGCGUCGGCGGAGCGGGCGGGCCUGCGGGGAAACCGAAACCGGCGGCGGCGCGGCCCGUCCCCGCUGCUGUCCGUCGCCGUCGGCUGCCCCGUGAGUGCCGGCGCAGCCCGCCCGCCUGCAGUAAUAAUGAAGAGGAGAAAUGAUCCAGAGUGCACUGCCCCUAUCAAGAAGCAGAAGAAAAGAGUUGCAGAGCUUGCCCUGAGCCUCAGCUCUACACCCGAUGAACCUCCCUCUUCUGUCAAUAAUGCAGCCAAAGCUCCUAUGACAAGCCUCAGUGGGUCUGACAGCGAGACUGAGGGGAAGCAGCAGAGCUCUGACUCUUCCGACGAUGCUUUCAAAGCAGACUCCCUCGUGGAGGGAACGUCUUCUCGCUACUCCAUGUAUAAUAGUGUCUCCCAGAAGCUUAUGGCCAAGAUGGGCUUCAGAGAAGGCGAAGGAUUGGGUAAAUACAGCCAGGGUCGGAAGGACAUUGUUGAAGCCUCCAAUCAGAAAGGUCGAAGAGGGCUGGGUCUGACCCUGCAAGGCUUCGACCAAGAGCUGAAUGUGGACUGGAGAGACGAGCCUGAGCCCAGUGCCCUCGAGCAGGUCUCCUGGUUCCCAGAGUGUACCACAGAAAUUCCUGAUGCUAAGGAAAUGAGCGAUUGGUUAGUCGUGGGAAAGAGAAAGCUGAUGAUUGAAGACGAAACAGAGUUUUGUGGGGAAGAACUUCUCCACAGUGUGCUGCAGUGUAAGAGCGUGUUUGAUGUCCUGGAUGGGGAGGAGAUGCGGCGAGCUCGGACCCGGGCCAACCCUUAUGAGAUGAUCCGAGGCGUCUUCUUCCUUAACAGGGCAGCAAUGAAGAUGGCAAACAUGGAUUUUGUAUUUGAUCGCAUGUUUACAAAUCCACGAGACUCCUGUGGGAGGCCUCUGGUAAAGGACCGAGAAGCAGAACUUCUGUACUUUGCUGACGUCUGCGCAGGCCCAGGCGGCUUCUCAGAGUACGUGCUGUGGAGAAAGAAGUGGCAUGCCAAGGGCUUUGGAAUGACUUUGAGGGGCCCUAAUGACUUCAAGCUAGAGGACUUCUACUCGGCCUCCAGCGAGCUCUUCGAGCCCUACUACGGCGAGGGUGGGAUCGAUGGAGAUGGAGACAUCACUCGCCCAGAUAACAUCUCAGCUUUUAGAAACUUUGUGCUGGAUAACACAGAUCGCAAGGGUGUCCACUUCCUGAUGGCCGAUGGGGGUUUCUCAGUGGAGGGGCAGGAGAAUCUGCAGGAGAUCCUCAGCAAGCAGCUGCUGCUCUGUCAGUUCCUCAUGGCGCUGUCCAUCGUCCGCACAGGAGGCCACUUCAUCUGUAAAACCUUCGACCUGUUCACACCGUUCAGCGUGGGGCUCAUCUACCUGCUGUACUGCUGCUUUGAACGUGUCUGUCUCUUUAAACCCGUUACCAGCCGUCCUGCCAACUCAGAGAGGUAUGUGGUGUGCAAGGGCCUAAAGGUUGGCAUAGAUGACGUGCGGGAUUACCUCUUCUCAGUGAAUAUUAAACUCAACCAGCUGGCAAACACCGAUGCUGACGUGAACCUUGUCGUGCCCCUGGAGGUGAUUAAGGGAGACCACGAGUUUACUGACUACAUGAUCCGGUCAAAUGAAAGCCAUUGCAGUCUGCAGAUCAAAGCUCUGGCCAAAAUUCAUGCCUUUGUACAAGACACAACCCUGAGUGAGCCUCGGCAGGCAGAAAUCCGGAAAGAGUGCCUCCGCCUUUGGGGGAUUCCAGACCAGGCCCGUGUUGCUCCUUCUUCCUCAGACCCAAAAUCUAAGUUCUUUGAGCUAAUUCAGGGCACUGAGAUCGACAUCUUCAGCUAUAAGCCCACGCUGCUCACCUCGAGGACCCUGGAGAAGAUCCGCCCAGUGCUCGACUACCGUUGCAUGGUGUCUGGCAGCGAACAGAAAUUUCUCCUCGGCCUGGGGAAGUCCCAGAUCUACACGUGGGAUGGCCGCCAGUCAGACCGCUGGGUCAAGCUGGACCUGAAGACAGAGCUACCCCGGGACACUCUGCUCUCUGUGGAGAUUGUCCAUGAGCUGAAAGGGGAGGGGAAGGCCCAGCGGAAGAUCAGUGCGAUCCACAUCCUGGAUGUCCUCGUGCUCAAUGGCAGUGACGUGCGGGAGCAGCACUUCAACCAACGAAUCCAGCUUGCCGAGAAGUUUGUGAAAGCUGUCUCCAAGCCCAGUCGGCCUGACAUGAACCCCAUCAGGGUGAAGGAGGUAUACAGGCUUGAAGAGAUGGAGAAGAUUUUUGUCAGGUUAGAGAUGAAGAUCAUUAAGGGCUCCAGUGGGACCCCGAAGCUCAGCUACACGGGGCGGGACGACCGGCACUUUGUGCCCACAGGCCUCUACAUCGUCAGGACGGUGAACGAUCCAUGGACUAUGGCAUUCAGCAAAAGAAUGAAGAGGAAGUUCUUUUACAAUAAGAAAACCAAGACGUCCACCUUUGUCCUCCCCGUGGAUUCCAUUGCCCCUUUUCACACCUGCUACUUUGGCCGACUCUUCUGGGAGUGGGGGGAUGGCAUCCGCGUGCACGACUCCCAGAAGCCUCAGGACCCCGACCGGCUGUCAAAGGAGGACGUCCUCUCCUUCAUCCAGAUGCACAGCGCCUGAGAGCCGGGCUGCGGCCCCACCAAAUGUCCUGUCAUUCCACGGCGGGGCGCUCGGCCUGUCCCCAGCACUGGGCAGGGACCGGGGAGAGAGCUUAUGGCACCCCCUGCCUGUGAGGGAGAGGCGGCCUCCCUGUCUCCCCGCCAACACGCUCUGCCACGGGUCUCUCCCGUGGUCCUUCGGGGACACCGUUCAUUCUCCCCUUCCUGGAGCCCUGCCUGGACUCCGCCUGAAGGACGCUGCUCCUGGGGCAGCUUGGAGGGCAGGGCCAGGCACGGGCCAGCGGAGGAGGCGCCAGAGAGCCUUGCUUCAGCUGUUCCCCCGUACCCUGGACUCACUUUUCUGAGUUCUGUGCACUGCCCGAGGGGGCCGUGCUCCUGCUUUGCCCAGCUUUUUAUUGGGCAUCUGUCGCAAGCUGGCAGGAGCAGCUGCUGUACAAAUCAAGGUUCUGUCCUUUGAACUUGCUCUGUUUUGAUGUCAAGUUGGAGAAGAUUUUUGUCUCCAUUCCCACCUGUCCUGGUCUCCCCCAGUUUGUCCCAGCCCGGACCUCUGACAGUCCCGCAGGCCGGGAGGGGAGGUCGUGGGCCCCACAUUCCUGAUGCCAGGUCAGGAGAUAGGUGGCACUGCCUUGAGCAAUGGCCGUGACUGCCUCCUGGGGUUCGUCCUGCUGUUGGAGGGUACCUCCUGGGUCGGGUCACCUGGGCCCUCUUGCAACGGCACCAGGGUCCACCACAGCCACCUGCUACCCCUAUCCCCACCCUAUGUUUUUCUUCCUCAGUAGGCGAUACAGUCACUUUAGUUUGUCCUUUCGUGGUCACUCCAUUUCCUUUGUCUUGGGAGCGAAGGAGGAAGAGGGGUGUCUGGGCAGCAGCGUGGGAGGGGCACCUGUGCUGGGCCCCAGCCCGGGCGCAACAGGUUCCCGUGAUGGACGCCGAGGCUCCUGCUGGCCUCUAGCUCCAUCCGGUUGGCCGCAUCACCUCUGAGAUGCUGGAUCCCCACCCGGUUCUGGGU